UCAUCACGGCCGUUAUUGCGCUCAGGCGUCUCGGCGCGCGAUUUAAAACCAACUCUGGAGACGCGGAGGAGAAGAUGGGACCUCCCUGCCCCGCCACAACGAAGAACUCUCCUUCAGGGACCCGUGGAUGCCACCACAGUACCUCCUCACCUUCAGAGCAGGUGUUCUCCAUGGCCCUGCCCAGGAAGGCCCCUCUCAGUACUCCUGGCACCCCAGUCCUUGAAGACUUUCCUCAGAAUGACGACGAGAAGGAGCGGCUGCAGCGGAGGCGCUCCAGGGUCUUUGACCUGCAGUUCAGCACAGACUCGCCUCAUUUGCUGGCCUCCCCCUCCAGUAGGAAUGUUGAUGUUUCAGCUACGAUUCCUAAGUUUACAAACACACAGAUUACUGAGCAUUACUCCACCUGUAUCAAACUGUCUGCUGAAAAUAAAAUCACCACCAAGAAUGCUUUUGGCUUGCACUUGAUUGAUUUUAUGUCAGAGAUUCUUAAACAGAAAGAUGCCGAACCGACCAACUUUAAAGUGGCUGCUGGCACUCUGGAUGCCAGCACCAAGAUCUAUGCUGUGCGCGUAGAUGCCGUCCAUGCUGAUGUAUACAAAGUCCUUGGUGGGCUGGGCAAGGAUGCACCAUCUCCGGAAGAAGAAGAGGGCCAUGGUGCAGAUGGAAGUGCAACCGAAACAGGAACAACCAAGAAGGCUCCAAAGCCAAGGAAGAAGCACUUGUACAAAACCAUCGAGCAGAAUAUAAACAACCUCAAUGUCUCCGAAGCAGAUCGAAAGUGUGAGAUCGAUCCCAUGUUCCAGAAGACGGCAGCCUCGUUUGAUGAGUGCAGUACAGCAGGGGUGUUUCUCUCCACCCUCCACUGCCACGACUAUAGGAGUGAGCUGCUCUUUCCCUCCGAUGUCCAGACUCUCUCCACUGGAGAACCUCUUGACUUGCCGGAUUUAGGUUGGGUGGAAAUGACCGAUUUAAAAGCGCCCCUGCAGCAGUGUGUGGAAGAUCGCCAGAUCUGCCCUUCCCUGGCGGGGUUCCAGUUCACUGAAUGGGACAGUGAAACGCAUAAUGAGUCGGUGUCAGCCCUGAUGGACAAGUUUAAGAAGAACGAUCAGGUGUUUGACAUCAAUGCCGAGGUGGAGGAGAGCGACUGUGGGGACUUCCCUGUUGGGGCCUUGGAGGACGACUUUGAUGCCAAUGAUGACCCAGACCACACCGCAGUUGGGGACCACACCGCAGCUGGGGACCACACCAAGUUCGGGAGCUGGAAGGAGCCCUGCCAAGAAGAAAUGACUCCCCUCGGGGAUGGAGACAUUUGGAGCUUGUGUCCCCUUCUAUCCAUGAAACCUGGAGAGUAUUCCUACUUUAGCCCCCGAACCAUGUCGAUGUGGGCUGGCCCGGAUCACUGGCGCUUUAGACUCCGGCACAAACAAGAUACUACCUCGCAAUCAGAGAACAGAAAUAAGAGCACAAAGAAGGAUUUUGAAAUCGACUUUGACGAUGAUAUUGACUUUGAUGUAUAUUUUCGAAAAACAAAGGCUGCUACUGUUCUGACCAAGUCCACUUUGGAGAACCAGAAUUGGAGAGCCACAACUCUUCCUACAGAUUUCCACUAUGAGACUGAAAAUCUUGUCCAGCUGCAUCUCAAACCAGGCACCAGGUUACUUAAGAUGGCCCAAGGCCAGAGGGCAGGGACCGAGCACUGUGAAGAAAUUGAAGACUAUGAUUACAACAACCCUAAUGACACCUCCAACUUUUGCCCUGGAUUACAGGCUGCUGACAGUGAUUAUGAAGAGUCAGAUGACUUAUUUGUGGGACCAGCUGGGACCUUUGACCAUUCUGGCCAUCCCCCUACGGCAACACAAGACAACGAUGACGCGCCUGAAGUCCAAGGAUUAGAUAUCACCACUUACGGGGAGUCAAAUCUGGUAGCUGAGCCCCAGAAGGUAAAUAAAAUUGAAAUUCAGUAUGCUAAGGCUGCCAAAAAGAUGGACAUGAAGAAGUUGAAGCAGAGCAUGUGGAGUUUGCUGACGGAGAUCCCCAAGCAGGCGGAUGCAGAGGCAAACCACAGAGAAAAUGGAGAAGCAGGGGACCCAGUACAGGUGGCUGACAAGAAGCUCAGUGGGCUCACAAAGGACCUGCAGAAGAGCCUGCCUCCCCUCAUGGCUCAGAACCUCUCCAUACCUCUGGCUUUUGCGUGUCUCCUACAUUUAGCCAAUGAAAAGAAUCUAAAGCUGGAAGGAACUGAGGAUCUUUCAGAUGUUCUGGUGCGGCAGGGGGAUUGAGUACGCGGGGAGAGAAGCCCUUGCUUCCUCAGUGACCAGGAUGCCUGCACUUGGUGCUUCAGUGCCGUGGGCUGGUGGCAAGGCUGCGGCUGACUGCGCUGUGUGUCUGCUGCUCUUCCCUUCUCUCCUUCACUGUCUGGGAACCAGCUGCCUGACGCUCUGUCCUUGAUUGAAGUUUUCUGUUCUGUGGUGACCACCUAGGAGGGAGGAAAGGGUCCUUACUAUCCUUGAUUAGGCAACUGUGUCCAUUCUUUGUAUCCAUGUAUAGUUUGUCUCCUAAAUUGCUCUGUUUCCAUACUUUAUUCUUGUAGAAAAGAAUUUCCCAGUAGGCACUUGUCCUUUAACAGCUACCAAAUCCAUGUGUAUAAAAUACAUCAUAAGUGUGCUUAUAAAUGUUUAUAUAAUGCUUAAAAAUAAAAUCAUUUG